AUGACCGCCGACCAAGCCCAACAAGACCUCAUUGUCCUCAGCAUGCCGCCGGCGAAGAAGUCGCCACUGCUGGUCUUCACCGCCGCGGCGGCAGCGGGCCACACCUCGCAGCCGCUGCAGCUUGCGCGCGAGCUCGUCGGCCGCGGCCAUGACGUCGUCUUCAUGUCGUCGACCGAGUUCCGCGCCGGCGUCGAGAAGGCCGGCGCCGAGUGGUUCGAGUGCCCCGAGUUCCUGCCGGCGGCCCAUGAGGCGGCGCGCCAGGGCAUUCCCCCGGGCCCGCCGCGCAUGCUCUACGACAUGCAUCACCUCUUCAUCGACGGGAUGAUCGAGCGCGCGGCCAGGAUGCGCGCGCUGCUGGAGAUGGUGCGCGAGCGCGAGCCGGAGCGCGAGGUCAUCGUCUUUGCGGAGGCGGCUAGCAUGGUAAUGAUACCUUUCUUCCACGGCGCGCCCCUGCCCCGCGGCUACGCCAAGCUGCCGAAGGCCAUUGGCCUGGGGGUCGUUCCACUGGUGGUUAGGAGCGACGACACGGCGCCGUUCGGGCCCGGGGUCCCGCCCGACGCCAGCGAGUCCGGCCGCGCCCGCAACAAUAUGCUCUACGACCUGAUGUACGGCGGGCCCUUCAAGAGCAGCGACGACCACUUCCGCCAGGUGCUGCGCGACCAGCUUGGCUGUACGCGCGAGCCCGAUGGCUUCAUGUUCGAUAUCUGGUUCAAGGCCUGUCACACUAUGUUCCAGAUGUGCAGUCCCAGCAUGGACUACCCGCGCCACGACCUGGACCUGCGCAUCCGCUACGCAGGCGCGCUGCCGCCCCGGCCGCUCGACCCCGCGUUCGCCCUGCCGUCGUGGUGGGCCGAGAUCACGGCCAACGCGGCGCUGCCGCCCGACUCGCCCGACCGCAAGAAGGUCGUGUCCGUGUCCCAGGGCACCGUCAACUUCGACUACAGCGAGCUGCUGCUGCCGACGCUGCAAGGGCUCGCGGACCGCGCCGACGUGCUCGUGGUCGCCAUCCUCGGCUCGCGCGGCGCGACGCUCCCGCCCGACGCCGAGGUCCCCGCCAACGCGCGCGUCGUCGACUACCUGCCUUACGACGCGAUCCUGGCACACGCCGAUGUCUCGAUCAACAACGGCGGGUUCGGCGGCUUUGUCCAUGGCGCUGUUAAUGGUGUGCCCUUGGUCCUUGCUGGUGUCACCGAGGACAAGGUCGAGGUUUCUGCCAUGGCCGAGUACUCGGGCAUGGCGGUUAAUCUUAAAACCCAGCGGCCGACGCCGGAGGCGGUUGCCGAGGCCGUGGGGAGGAUCCUGGAGGAACCUAAGUUCAAGCGGCGCGCUAUGCGGCUGAGGCAGGACAAUAGGGAUUUGGAUACGGUGAACUUGAUCGAGAAGCAGAUCCUGGAGUAUGCUGCGGAGGGAUGA